AUCUUCCAUCUACAAGCAACCCUGUGCUAUAAACAAAAUUUUACCGCCUCGAACAAUUUUGCCGCUCCAUAAUACACUAACAUUUUUUUUCUAAGUUUAUUAUUUGUUAAGUAUAAUAAAAUGACGAAUUCAAAUGUUAAUAACGCAGCAGCACAACAACGAAGUGUAGAAAAUGCUGCAAGAUCCAAAAAUCCGCUCGAGUCACAACCGGAUUUCAUGCAAUUUUCUUCGCCUGCGGAAAAUAGCCAAACGUUUAGUCUAUAUUGCAAAGCAAAAUGUGAUAUGGACACGAAAACCUUAAAAUGGGCUUUCAAGUUGGCAGAACGGAAUGUGUCUCCCUUUUAUAAGCAGCUUAGUAUGGGAUGGCAACCCAAAGUGAAGCAGAAUGAUCUCAACAAAGGUUGGGCACGAUAUUUGGUGGCUGUGGAUAAAAACAAAAUGCCCGUCGCCUAUUCCAUGUUUCGCUUCGAUAUGGAUUAUGGGCAGCCUGUGCUGUAUUGCUAUGAAAUGCAAAUCGAACCAUCCGUGCAGAGACAAGGUCUGGGUAAACACAUGAUGUCAGCACUGGAAGAAUGCGCAAAAUAUUGGAAGAUGGAUAAAGUAGUAUUGACAGUUCUUAAAAAUAAUCAGAAUGCCCAAGCAUUUUUCAAAUCCGUUGGUUAUGUACUAGAUGAUUCUUCGCCAGAUAUUUUAGAAAAAGCAGACUAUGAGAUUCUAAGUAAAUCCGUUACAAGUUAAAAACAAACCAUACGAAAAUUCCUCGAUACAUAUAGCAUAACACAUUGAAGAAAGAAAUACAUAAAUUUGAUGUUGGAGAACUUUAAGGAAAA